AUGCGUCGUCCAAAGCCAUGUCUAUACGUCGAGGUGCGCCUCAAAAAGUUAGCAAACGAGUUCCUUCGAACGGAUCUGGUUCGUGAUGAAGUGUCAGCAUGGCUUCCAACGGCUUUUUUAAACCUCCGGAUCAAUCAACCAAUCACUGGUUACGAGAGCCUGUUGCAUAGCGCAAAUAUUGAAUCCAUCAACGUCGUCGACUUUGAUGGCGAAACGGAUGUCCAUCACCGACUUGAAGAUGUUCAGCUAGAUGUUCAAGCAUACGAGCUCUAUUUCCCUGAAGACGAGUCAAAUGACUCUGAAAGCGCGGACACCGAUGGCGAUGAAACAGCACCAAAGCUCCGCGUCACUCAGCUUCCAAGUACCUCCUUAGAUGGCCUCUGGAAAUCUCUGGUCUUCGAAAAGCAGUUCCAUUUCAGGCUCUUGCGAUACACAGCACGUAUGAUGGAGAUCUCCAAAAGGCCAAUGUUAGACAUGAGCCUGAUGAACUGGAACCGUCUGCUAUUACUGCAUGGCCCUCCAGGUAGCGGCAAGACUACGCUUUGCCGGGCGCUCGCCCAGAACCUAACUAUCCGUCUUGGCCGACACUAUACGAAUAGCAAACUAGUUGAAAUUGAUUCACAGUCUCUUCUCAGCAAGUGGUUCGGCGAGAGCGGUAAGCUGGUCGGUAAAAUCUUUGAACAGAUCCAAGUGAUGGCGAAUGACGACGCAACGUUAGUCUGCGUUCUCAUUGAUGAAGUAGAAACGAUAGCAGGAGCUCGCGAAAAGAGCCUUGGAAGUAAUGAUGUGAGGGAUGCUAUGAGGGCUACAAAUCAGCUGCUUACGGGGCUUGAUCGUUUGCGCUACCGCUCUAAUAUCAUUGUACUAUGCACUAGCAACCUCUUGACUGCUAUAGAUUCAGCAUUUCUCGACCGGACAGAUGUCAAGCAAUUCAUCCCUAAUCCCGGAGAAAGAGCGAUCUACGACAUUCUACGCUCGUCGAUCAAUGAGCUCAUACGCUGCAAGCUACUCGUUCUCUCGGGUCCGGAUGACAUCCCUGAGACACGCACAAUGGGAAUGGAUAUGGCUUCUGACAACACUACCCCAGACAAUAUGACAUUGGACUGUCUAACCUUGGAGGGUGAGCGUGUCGACUCAACACCUAUUCACACUCUCGAAGAGCCAGUUAGUCUGGCAUUUAUUCCUACUUUUGCUGAAAUGAGACUCCAUCUGAACAAUCAUCCAAACAGUCCUGGAAGAAGACUGUGGCAUAUUGCGCAGAGAUGUCAGGGCAUGAGUGGAAGAGCACUGCGUCGUUUACCUUUCCUUGCAUUAGGGAUGCAUACGUUUGCAGAUCCUGUUUUCGUCGAUGAAGGGCUUGCAGCGCUGGAGCUGGCUGUAGAUGAUCAGCUGUCAACAUCCCCAGGGGUUGACGACAUGCUGCAUCUGUAA